AUGAGUAACUUUGAAAAACUUGGUAUUCAUACAUGGCUUGCUAAGCAGUGUACCUACAUGGCUCUCAACGAGCCUACACACAUCCAACGGAGUUGCAUAGCACCCAUUCUAUCUGGUAAGCACGUAGUUGGUGGUGCGGCUACAGGUAGCGGUAAGACUGCCGCCUUCUCCUUGCCGAUACUUCAAAUUCUCUCAGAGGAUGUCUACGGUGUGUUUGCACUCGUUUUAACGCCAUCUCGUGAGUUGGCCUAUCAAAUCGCCGAUCAUUUCAUUGCCCUCGGGGCACCCUUGCGUGUGCGCGUAAUGUUGGCAAUUGGCGGCGUGCAUCAUGACGACCAGCUCGAUGCCAUCAAAUCCCGCCCGCAUAUAGUGGUCGCAACACCAGGGAGGCUUCGGCAUUUGCUAAGCACUUUCUCUGUUGAAACCACAAAAGCCUUUACACAUCUGAGGUUCCUCGUUUUAGAUGAAGCGGAUAGGUUGACGGAAGGUGACAUAUACAGAGACGUUCGGUAUCUUUUACGUCUCUUGUUACCACACUCAACUCAGCGACAAGUGCUCAUGUUUUCAGCAACAAUGCAACCUCGAUUGACCUCCCUUCCAUUUGAAACGUCAAAAUAUGAUAGAACUGAUGUUUUGCACAGGAAUCUUGAAGCUGAAGAAGAUACUGAUAGUGAUACGAAUUUAUUAUCUUUGCUUGGUAUUCAUUCAAAGGAACAAUUUGAGGUGCAUAUGUGCAGCUCUCCCGAGCAUACUCUUGAAAAAGAACUAGGUAACAAUGCGCAAGCAGAUUCAAUGACCCCCAAAGCUUUCGAAAAGCUUAGUGCACAUAUCGACAUCACAAACGGACAGGAUGCCAAAUCUGGCCUAUCCGGAUCUUCCCACCUCACACAGCAAGCUUUUCCUGAAAAACUCCAGCAAGCCUACCUUUUCGUCCCAAAUGCCGUCAAAUUGUCAUAUCUAGUGGCAGCACUGCGGGCGCAAGGGAAGGAUCAGUGUACACUUGUUUUUGCCAAUUCCUGUCUUCGAGCUGAGUUAGUCCGCCUGGUCCUCCAGCUGCUCGGUUUUCCCGUUUGCAGCUUAAACUCUCUGCUCACACAGAAACACCGUCUUGAUAGUUUAGCGCUAUUUAAGCUUCGCAUUGCGCGUAUUAUGGUGGCCACAGACAUUGCUGCACGCGGACUGGAUAUCCCAAAUGUUGAUUUGGUGAUCCACUACGACAUCCCAAAACACUCACCGACAUAUGUGCAUCGUGUCGGUCGGACAGCCCGUGCGGGGUGUACGGGCACCUCCGUUUCCAUAAUCACCGAGAACGAUAUCGAGCUUGUCCGACGAAUUGAAAGGGACCUGAAAAUAAAGUUGGCGUUGUGGAAAGAAAAGGCAAUGAGGAAAGAAGACAAGGUUUUGUCAAUUCUAGACGAGGUUUCUAACGCAAAAAUACAAGCCAAACAACAGGUCAUGGAACAGUUCGGUUCACGUGUGAUGACGUUAAAAGAGCAGGCUGCUGAAAAGCGAGCCUUUACACAGCAAAGGGCCUUGCAAAAGUCUCAAAAACAGCAGGGAACGCGAAAACCUGAUGAAGUCAGUGAAAAUUCUACCUUGUCUCGGCCCAAGAAAAAGGUGAUGACAGAAGAUCGAAGAAAAUUGCGCGUACCAUCACAAAUAAAAAUCCACAAGGACAAAGAAACCAUCCAGCAGCGCAAACAGAUCAGCGAAGAUAAUAAAAAAAGGAAGAGAAGCUCUCAUGACAACCAAAGAGCCUCAGAUACCAACGAUUCCUCUACAAUCAGUGAGAUGCUUAUUAAUAGCACCACCAAUGAGGCAGCACCAAAGAGUGCAGGUAAACGAACACAAUCAGCACUUGAUAAGGGAAGAAAGAAAAAACUCUCACGAUGCGAACGUACACCCAUAGGCAAGUCAAAUAUAAAAAAGAAGUGUAUAAAAUCUUAA